AUGUCUGAUCUCGAAAGCCUGCGCAAGCGGUGGACUAUCCUAUACUCCCAGACUCUUCCGCAGCUGGCGAAGAGUCGCAGUCCCGUACAAGCAAAAUGGCCCGUAUGUCUUGAUCAUUGCUUUGCCCGCAUCAUCCUAGAUUACGUGGUAGGGCUCGGCGAAAGACAGUGGGAUCAGGUCAUAGGCAAACCCGCCAUAAGGAAUAUGAGCCAACAGCAACUGCAUGAUGCGAUUACCUUGGGCAACCAAAUCACAUCAGGCGAAGCUGACCUCUGUUAUCUUGAUGAGAUAAGUUUGCAGUGUAGGGGGAAGCACAAGGACAAACAUAACGGUACUGUGAAGAGCAACUCUCAUGUUCAAGUGGCACAAGCACCUGCCGGGGAAGGAAGUAAGAAGAGAACGAUAACAGAUGCGACCGAAGGCACUGAAAGUGUUUCCGACAAAAGAGCGAGGCUUGAGAAAGGGCAAUCCACAUUGCACUUUGUCGCAAAUGCACGGCCAGCAGUGGCGACAAGCCAACCAUCCUCUGUCAGCCAUGAGCUGAAGCAGAUGGUCCACAGCAUUCGUUCGCAUCCUUCACUCACUCCGUAUCGAAAGAAGCUGUACCUUACGCUGUUAUCGGUGCCUGAAGGUCGAUACACAACUUAUGCAGCCAUGUCAGACUACCUCAACUCCUCUGCCCGGGCUGUGGGCAGUGGAAUGCGCAACAAUCCCUUCGCUCCCGAGGUGCCCUGCCAUCGGGUUCUCGCAGCCAAUGGUACGAUAGGCGGCUUCCACGGUGACUGGGGGAAGGAUGGAAAGUUUGCUGAUAGGAAGGUUGAACUCCUUCGAAGUGAAGGCGUCAGGUUUGACGGGCAUGGAAAGGUCGUUGGCGAACCAUUUCGACUUUUCCAUUCCUUCGGACAAAUCGAAUGA